CUGGUGUUGAGUGUUCCGGACGUUGAGAACUCAAAUUCCACGAACAAAUCGACAGAUGACUCGCCCCUCAAGCGUGCCGAUCCCAACGGUCAUUUCUUCACGAAAUUCCCACCGUAUCGCCCACAAUGACCGGGUCGCCCUCCGAGUUACCCCUUAACAACACCGUUCCCGACAUCCCAACCGAGAUCGUGAGCGAAGAGGAAAUGGCUCUCAUCGAAGCGGCCUUUGUCGCCGCUCGCUCUUCAAUCACCUCAAUCCCUUCAAUCCCUUCACCUUUUGGUUUUCACAGGAACGCGAGGUCCAUCCAGUCAAUUACUGCCCUUUCCAAGAGGGGCUUUUCGGGUCGUACAGAACCCGAUAUUGAGGAUUCAGGCGAUUUUGCGAGUACCCAGAAGAAGAUCAAAGCAGAUGAGUCGUCGUUCUUGCACCGGUUUAGGAGAAAGAAGGGCUUGUCUGUCACUGAUAUCACUGCCACGGAAUGGUGCGAAAAACAAAUGGAGUUUGUUCUCCUCCGUGCCAAGCGCAAAACUACUAAAGCUAUGAAAGCAGGUAGUGUUCGCCAUACAAAUCUUGAAGAAGAGGUUGUGAAAAAAGUGAAAGUUCGUGUCAAAUCUAAAGAAGACAUAUGGGCUCUGAAACUUUUGAACUUUAUAAUUGGUGCUAAUCAAUUAUUGUUUGAAGGAUUAACACGUGAACUACCACUAAUAGGCUUUGCAGAAGGUGUGUGGAUGGUGGGAGUGAUUGAUGAGAUCUGUAUGCCUGCAACAGAAACCAAUAUGAACCCAAAAUUAAUUGACACAAAGACUCGUGUACAAGGCACUCUUCCUGCUGAACCACAAAGAAGGAAUGGAAGGCUUCAAUUAAUGUGCUACAAGUAUAUGUGGGACAAUUUAGUUGCUGACAAGUUCCCCUCCAGAGAAUUUUACAAAUUUUUUGCCUUGAACCCACAUUCUAUGUUAUCUGAAGAAAUUAGAGAAAAAACUGCUGACUCAGGGUUCCCAGCAGAUACCCUUGACGACGUAGUAAGAUUCUACAAAAAUACCUGGAGCACACUUCCCCCUGCUUACGACCAGCUUUUAUUGAGAUAUGAGUUUCAAAAAGACAAUUCAUUAAUUGGCGAAGAUCAAUUUGCAUUUGACCCUGAUUGGCUCAAGAAUCAAAUUCACGGUUGUCUAGAGUUCUGGCUAGGGGAGCGAGAAGCCUGUUACACUCCAGAGGAAGAGCGUUGGAAAUGCCGGUUCUGUCAGUUCGGUUCUAUCUGUCCUGCAAACACUGACCAUGAUAGUACUCCAAGCCCGACAAGCGCCAACUCAAGUAGCACACCAAACUAGAGAAAACAUUGACAUUGCUUUAGCGUCUCACACUCAGUAAGCAAAAAUGCGACCCUCCUGCAAAGAGCAUUAAAGUUUUUACUGAAGCUUCUUUGAGGCAUACACUGGAUUUGUUUGUCCUCUGGGAUUUUCACAGAGAUUAUGCAUUAUCAACACACGAAAUAACAAAAUGCAUCUGUUGUAGGCAAUGAUGAUUGGAUGUUGUAAUGUAGAAUUGUUGUAAAACAGUAAUUCAUUCUUUCAAACUAUAUGUAUAAAGUUAUUAAAAACCCUGCCCCCUUCUCCAAAUGUAUCUGAAUGGGUAUGCAUUUGUGUUACAAAUUGUUGAUGGUGUAUGUCAAGAACUGGGGGACAGUCCACAAAAGAAUGAAUUUACCAUUUA